AUGGGAAACACAUUCACUACGCAACAAGAGUCGGUAGUUCCUACUAGUACUUCCUCUAGCAAGCCUGACCCUCUCGCUGCUGUGGAAGCUCCCAUCUUGUCUUUUACCGUUGACGACUUCGUAUUCGCCUACCUCCAAGGCGUGCGUACCAAAUGUAUGUUCCACAAUACCGGGCGUCCAUUUUUAGAGGAUGCUGUCUACCAUCCACCCUGGGUUGGUACUACAGCCGAAGACAUGUACGAUGAGAUGAUCGGAGUCGGCAUCAGUCCACUAGGAUGGUGUCAAGCCAACCUUCCAGAAUUGAUGUUGAAAGACAGCUUCAUCACCCGCGUCGCCCCCAUCGAAGACGAAGAGCCCAAUCUCAAUUACAAAGGCAUGAGUUUCUCGCAUUGGUCAUUCCUAGAGACGUUGAAUGAAGCGGAUAUCGAGCUCCGUUCAGCUAUCCCUAGCGCGCAUCCUACCGUCGGCAGACCAAUUCCUGAUCGGUUCGCGCUGCCGCAAGCCUGGUGUGUAGGCAUGUACAAACUAGCGGAAAUGCUGGAUGAGAUGCACAAUGCGGGUAUAACACCCUAUCAGUACGUAGCGGGCACACCCAUGCUACUUGACUACUCCUCUACCUCUCCAUUUAUGGUUUGCAUGGAGAUGGAUACUUCUCUUAGGCUACCCGAGUUACAAAUCGCCUUUCGCAAUCGCUGGAUCGUUCAGUAUAUGAUGGACUGCCUUGGUCUCAUCUGGAAUCAUGUGGAUGACCCGGCGAAGCACCCACUAUGUCAUGUCUUCAUACGCAUACCGGUAUUAUCCGAGCCGAUAUGGUUUGCGCACGUACGACCGAUGCUUGCGCAGUCCAAACGCGACUUCGUUCUUUCGCUUCCGGUGAUUGACGUCGAUUCAAUUGCAAAAGAGGAUAUGCGAUGCCCUCACUGUUGGUGCAACUUUGAUGAGGAGGAUGAGGAUGGGAAAAGAGACAGUCCAGGUGGGUCAGUUGCUCGCACGUUCCUGAACGAGCCCGAGUGGAAAGUUCGCGGCAUCACUCGCGACACUUCCAAAGCGUCCGCCACGGAGUUGUCGUCUCAAGGCGUUGAAGUCGUCACAGGCAACCUCGAUGACCUAGAGUCGCUGAAGAAUGGGUUCAAGGGUGCAAAUGUCAUCUUCGGCAACACUGACUUCUGGGGUCACCUGAAUGAUCCUGCGACACAUAAGCUUGCAGCCGAACAGAAACGUACAGCAAACGAAGUGGCAUAUGACCGAGAAGUUGCUCAAGCCAAGGCUAUCAUCGAUGCAGCAGCGGCUCAUGCCGGCACUCUGGACCGUCUCGUGUUGUCCACGCUUUCUGAGGCUAGGAAAUGGAGCAACGGUACCAUCAAGUGGAACUUGCACUUCGAUGCAAAGGCUGAAACCGAGAACUACCUGAAAGAGACAUACCCGGAGCUUUCCGCCAAGACGAGCUUGCUGCACUUGGGCUCCUAUGCAAGUAACUGGAGACCAGAGAAGCAGGAAGACGGCUCCUUUGUUCUUAGUCUACCCAUGAGUGGAGACAGGAAGAUCCCCAUGGUCGAUCCGGUUGCAGACACUGGGCGUUUCACGAAGGCACUCGUUGAGUUGCCACCAGGGACACUUCUGAGCGGCGCUGGAUCGUUCAUAUCGCUUGGUGAAUGGUGCGACAUCUUCGGGAAGGUGAACAACGUGAAAUGCGUCUUCAAGCAGAUACCUCGAGAGGCCAUUGAAGAAGCGAUGGGACCCGUAUACGGUCCCGAAAUUGCCGACAUGUACGAGUAUUUCGACAAGUUUGGCUUCGAAGGGGGCAUUCCUGAUGUCGUGUUUCCGUGGGACCUGGGCAUCGACGUGAAGUACACGUCCAUGGAAGAAUACUUGAAGGGCGAGAACUGCAGCAUCGUUUUGUGA